AUGAAACGGUUUGCGGUAGCCCUCAAAAACACCGAUCCACCUCUCCAGCCCUACUCUCUGUCGCAUGUCGUCAACAACUUGAUUAUUAACACUGUAUUAUUUACACAGCAGGAAGUUUUGGUAGAGUUAAAGUUGGAUCCGGCCAAGUCACCUGGACUGGAUGAGAUCUUAGGUGUACUUCUGCGCGAACUAUCUGAAGAAUUAGCGGAACCACUCUGUACAAUCUUUCGAAAAUCGCUCGAAGCUGGUAAGCUUCCUGAAACAUGGAAGUUGGCAAAGUUCGUACCCAUCCAUAAGGAACGAUCACGGCUCUAUUCCACCACCUACCGACCGGUCAGCUGA